AUGGCACCACUCAAGGUUGCCAUCGUCGGCGGCGGCAUGGCAGGCGCUAAUCUGGCCAAUGGGCUAAUAAACCAAUCUUCCGAUCUCGUCCAAGUAACCGUCUACGAACGCGCUGUCGAGAGUGACGCCCACGGAGGCUACCAAAUCCGCCUGGGAGCGCUGGCUCUCGCUGGCUUUCGCGCCUGUCUGACACCGAAACAGUUCGGGGAUCUCUUGCUGCUCUUUGGGCAGUCUAGUGGCGCCGCGCUAUCUGCGCCCUGCAUCUUCAAUCCUUCCGACAUGCGCGUCCUGGUCGACCUGAGCACGGCACCGACCUAUGAGAAGAGCGCGCCAAUCUCGCGCAUCCGGCUCCGCGACUAUCUGCAGGAGCCGCUCAAAGAAAAGGGCGUCAUCAAGUAUGGCAUGAAGUGCACGAGGUACGAGAUCCUCAAGGGCAGCAAGCCCGGGCGCAGUCAUGUGCGCGUGCAUUUUGCCGACGGCACGCAUGACGACUCCGACAUCCUCAUUGCAGCCGAGGGCAGCGGUAGCAAGAUCAACAAGCAGAUUGGCCUAGAUAAUAUUGUCGAACGGGCCCUCCCUGGCGGAGAUCUACUACUCGGCAAAUGCAACCUCUCGUGGGACGUCCUGCUCUCGCUGCCCAAGGGACUACUCGAAAAGGGCUCAAUCUACACAAGCAACUCAGUGGGAACCAUCUUUGCUGCAGCCUAUCUCCCGCCGAGUCUCAGCACCCCCGAGCGGCGCGAGGCGGUCAGUGGGUCAGUCAGCGGCUGGGACAAGCCACUCCGAUAUGACGAGCAGCAGGCGUCGAUGUACCUUAUCGUCGGGUGGGCCACCGAUGAACUCAGCAAGGAUUUCGGUUCACAGCCCGACAAGAAAGCCUAUUUGCGACAGAAAUUGGCCGGAGCCGGCUUUCACCCGGAGUUCCACAAGCUCGUCGAUACCGUCGACGAAGAUGAGUUCGUCACAACACCAUCUCGAUCCUCCAAGCUCAACACGCGUGUGGACUGGAGGCGACGCCUUAUAGCUAGCGGUGACCAUGAGCUAGAAAUUGCGAAUCCUCGGGUGUGGCUGAUCGGAGAUUCGAUCCAUGUGAUGCUCCCGUCCAGAGGCAUGGGUGCCAACAACGCCCUGUGCGAUACCGCCGACGCACUGCCGCCGCUUCUGCAACUGGCAGAACAGCAUUCCUCUGCUGGUUUCAUCACAGAUGACGAGGUCUCUAGGCAGCUGGCCAAGUAUGAGCAGGUCAUGGUUCCAAGAGCCUUUGGAUGGGUCAAGAAGAGUAUGAAUCAAAAGCUACCCGACCUGGAAAGCACGAAGGGUAAGAUGAUUAUCGUCGUGCUGCGAGUCGGCAUAUUCUUCCAGAACUUCAUCAUGGGGACUCUAAAGCUCAUUGGCUGGCAGCAAAAGGACGAUGCCCCCGAAUUUGCUUAG